UUUAGUCGUAACACAGCGAAUUUAACGAAAGGUAACUAUUAACUCUCAGCCGUCUUUGAACAAAACACGAGUCUAGGCAGCUGUGAUGGCCAAGCCCCAGGGCUUUGACUUCUGGAAAACCACGCUGAAAGGGGCGCGUUUCGUUGUAGCGCCUAUGGUGGACCAGAGCGAACUUGCCUGGCGCUUGCUGAGUCGUCGUCAUGGCGCCCAGCUUUGCUUCACUCCCAUGCUACAUGCGCAGGUUUUUGUACGUGAUGCUAACUACAGGAGGGAAAAUCUCUACAAUGAGGUCUGUCAGGAAGAUAGACCCCUUAUUGUACAGUUCUGUGCCAAUGACCCAGAGGUGUUUGUGCAAGCUGCUCUGCUAGCCCAGGACUACUGUGAUGCAGUUGACCUCAACCUUGGAUGUCCCCAGAUGAUUGCAAAACGAGGUCACUAUGGAGUAUUUCUUCAAGAUGAAUGGGAGCUGUUGGAAAAAAUGGUGAAGUUGGCAAAUGAGAAGAUCUCAGUGCCGAUCACAUGCAAGAUUCGUGUGUUCAAGGAAAUUGACAAGACUGUGUGCUAUGCCCAGAUGCUGGAGAAAGCUGGAUGUCAGUUGCUAACAGUACACGGCCGCACCAAAGACCAGAAAGGAGCCACGACGGGCAUAGCUAGCUGGGAGCACAUCAGAGCUGUAAGAAAAGCUGUGUGCAUUCCGGUCUUUGCCAAUGGCAACAUCCAGCAUCUGAGUGAUGUAUUGCGCUGCAUUCAGGAGACAGGAGUGCAGGGGGUAAUGAGUGCUGAGGGUAACCUCCAUAAUCCAGCACUGUUUGAGGGGCGCAGCCCCCCUGUCUGGGAGAUGGCUGAGGAAUAUCUGGAGGUAGUAAAAGAUUACCCUCCCUGCACCCUGUCCUUUGUAAGAGCCCAUCUCUUCAAGCUCUGGCACCACACGCUACAGAUUCACCAAGACCUGAGGAAGGAGCUGGCCAAGGUGAAAAACCUGGAGGGGCUUGCUGACAUUAGCAAACAGCUGCGACUGCGCUGCCAGGAAGAAAUAGCCAAAGGAAAGGAGUUGGGCGAGAUGCAGGAGAAUGACCUUCCCUUUCCUCACUGGAUCUGCCAGCCAUAUGUUAGGCCAGCGUCAAAGGAGUUGGUUGCCAAUGGGAGCAUCAAGGAAUUGGUGAUGAAGAAGACAGCGUGUCAGAAGAGAGCACUAGACAUUUCUGACAGGACAGCUGAUGUGCUCUCCAAAAACAAGCAAAAAAAAAAAGCCCGCAACCCCAACAAGAACUUCUGCCUUGAGCAGAAACCUAAAUACAUCAAGUGUGAACAGUGUGGAAACCCAAAGGGAAACAAAUGUGUCUUCAACCUGUGCCGAGGGUGCUGCAAAAAGAAAGCCUACAAGGAGGUGGCAGACUGUCUAAGCCAUGGACUGAAGUUUAAAACCAAAGCGGAAAAGCAAAAAGAAGAGGAACAGGAAAUUAUUUGAGAAUAUAUGUGGGAAGGACAUGGAAGGCCCCAGCAGCGCCUCUGAGCCUCUCCUAGAAGCACACAUGCAGAUCAGCCCUCAAGACAGGCAGGCUGUUCUGAAAUGACUCAAAUUAACACUCAAAUACACCCUCUCAGCAGCUUUUAAGUAACCCGAGGAGGUAGUGGUCUUUGGUUACAGGACCCUUACCACAUUGGACUGAGGAUAUAGAGUUAUUAUAUGCUUUUAACACUCAUAUUGAAAUUUGGAUCUUUGUGAACAGAUAAAAACAGUUAAGCAACAAAAUAUUUUUCCUUUUUUAAUGUGGAUUUUCAAGACUACAGAUAGUUACUUCUAAUUCACAAGGAACAUUGACAACUCUGUUUUCAUUUAAUUCCUAUUUGAGAUGGUCACAAUUUCCUCCUACAAACCACAUUACCUUAAUCUAAGGGUUUUUGUUUUUUUAAGCAAUCCUGUAAUCUUUAUGAAGACCAAGCAAGGGUUUAUGUAGAGUUCUGUAUAAAUUUCUCUGGCAAAAUGUUUACAGUGUUUACUAAAAACUUGAGAAAAUUACAUUUGUGUGAGAAGAGCAUGACUUUUUCACUUAGUUUUUUCAUUAAAUGUCAUGAAUUUGGUUGCAUUUUUAUUUCAUUUGGAGGCAUUUGUGUAUACUUACAGGACUGAGGGUUAGCUAGCAGUGCAUUGACUUGGAGUAUGUGCCUUUUUGAUGAGAAAACCACUGCCUAUCCUAGAGUAUGUAAGGGAGAAAUUGAGAGCAAUGAAUUGAUGCUCCGUCCAUUACGUCUUAAGAAAUUCUUGAGGGACAAUAUUUUAUUACAGCAUGUUUUCUUCUGUUGAUAUAAUAGGCAUAACAAGUAAUUAAGUGGAGCCAGGAUGGUCUGCUAUGCCCUGACUACACCGCGUUGUGUUUGGUGCAUGAAUCAGAAGCUGGACAUUGGUUGCUAUCUUGAUCUCGGUUUAUUCCUGCAUGGGUUCAUAAUAAGCAGUCUUAUCCUGACAAAAUGUCUUGCUUGGUGAUAUUCUCGGUGAUGUUCAAUGCCGACUCAAUCAACAAAAGCAACAAAUAAGAAAAAAUAUAAUAAAUAAAUGACAGAUGGCAUGCGUGAGAUUCUUGAGUAAUUUUUGUAUUACCCUAAAAAGAAGUGUAACACUACCUUCAAUGAUUUUACAUAUUUUACCCAAUUUCCCCUCGGGGAUGAAUAAAGUAUUCUGA